CCAGAAGAACAAAAGGCUAGAAAGCUUACUCGUAUUCUCAAAGGGUCGCGAUAGGUCAACCUCAUGAGUUGUACAUCAGAGAUAAACUGGGCACCGAGGCGCGCGAGACAUAAAUCCAGUGCAUCCGCCAUGGCUCACGGUGCCUAGUAGCGCAAUCCCUAUUGUACUCAAUUUUCGUUUUCCUGGCUCCUAGACACUUGUUCCAUUCGACAUGGCAGGCUCAAGCCCGCCGUCGUCAGAGUACCUAGCCGAGAUGAACAAUCCCGGUUUGGACGAAAGGGCUAGUAUCGCGUUCAUUGUGAUUGAUACGCUUUUCUUGCUGGUGUUCUACCUGAGCCGCUACUUCAACCCUAAAGCCGUGGGAGUGCCCAUGUUGGUGUGUAAUACGCUAUGCUGUGUAUUUUGUAUGGGGAGCGCGACGGCGGGGAUAUUAAUGGUCAGAAUAGGUGGCGUAGGGUACCAUGUCGCCGCCGUCCCAGUGACCACAUUCCAGACCUGGCUGCAGCUAUCAAAGGCCCUCGAGUUCACCUACACGCCCGCCGUGAUGUUCGCCAAACUUGCCGCUCUACUCCUCUACCACCAAGUUUUCGAAGUUCCGGCUUACCGUCGUAUCAUCGUUGGUAUCGGCGGGAUCGUCGUACUCCAAGGCGUGGUUUUUCUUGUUCUAGCAUUUUUGAUCUGCCGGCCUUUCAGGUACUUUUGGACCCAGGCGGCCGAUGUCAGCGAUGGGACUUGUGGAGACGUGAUGCUUUUCUAUAAAAGCUACAGCAUCCCGAGCCUAGUCACGGAUGUGGCGAUGCUGGUGCUCCCGUGGCCGAUCCUUAGCAAACUGCAAAUGCCUACGUCAGAAAUGGUUGGUUUCAUACUUACUUUUCUUAUCGGUUCGCUGGGUGUAAUAACAUGCGCGCUUCGAUUCUCCGUUUUUUUCACUGUUCCUCUCUUCUCCGACCCAACGUGGUACGCCUCAGGAGGCCCUAUGAUCUACGCCCUCGUCGAGCCCUCUAUCUAUAUGAUAGCUAACAUACUGCUCACCACACGGCAUCUUUACCGGCGACUCCGCAGGAAGGCGCGACGAGCUAUAAAUUCACGGAAUACAAAUAACAGCAGCGGUAAUUCUCUACCGACGGAGCUCGAGUCCAUCGAUGACAAUCACACGAGCAGCCACAGAACCAUGCAAUACAUGGAUAUUUGGCGGGCAUAUGAAAAUUCAAGUCAGGAGGGCCUAAAGCCUAAACCGCAUCUAUCAGUGUGCCAAGAAGUGUGACUUCUCGUUUCAAACGCAUCGCAGGCAGCAGUAGUAGGCUAGUAGAAUAGUAGGUGUCAGACUGCUCCAGCACAUUCGCUACGGUAAUUGUUUCACCUCGAGCGACCUGACUUAUGCUUAACCAGAGGUAUGAGUAAGGCUAGCAAGGGUAUCCUUAUACAAGGGGAUCGUACACUCAUUAUAUAAAUAUGGGAUUUCUUUCCGUAGCCAUUCAUUCGACAUACUCAUCAAUACACACAAAAUGACCCCUGCCUGUCUAACUGCU